ACAAUCCUCCUGCCACUAGUAAAGCAAAACAGAAGGAGAGGAUAAUGGAAAUAGCCGUAAAGACCCUUUCGUUGAGUUUAAACCCCAAGAUUAUUAGCUAUAAACAAGUAGAGGAUGUCUUUAGUUCUAAUCUUUCUUGCAACAGAGCAUGUUUUCCUCCUCAAAAAGGAUACAGGGCUCUAAAAUAUCAGGGAAGGGAAAGACAUGUAUGUCUUCUUACUGUUCAUGCUGUAUCAUCAGAUGUGGAAGAUGUUGGAGUUUCUUCUCAGUUUGAAGACUUCACUGUUACUACUGCCAGUACUGAUGAGAACAGAGAGCUAAAGAUAAGUGUGGAGGUAUCAGGAGCCAAAACUCGAGCAAUUUUUGAUGAUGUAUUUGACAAAAUGGUUGCUGCAGCGCAGCCAAUCCCAGGAUUUCGAAGAGUAAAAGGAGGAAAAACACCAAAUAUACCAAGGGACAUUUUGUUAGAAGUCCUUGGAGCUUCAAAAGUUUACAAGCAAGUAAUCACAAAAGUAAUUAACUCUACUGUAGCUGAAUAUGUUGAAAAGGAAAGCCUGGCAGUUGGUAAAGAUUUGAGAGUUGAGCAAAGUUUUGAAGAUCUUGAAGAGAUGUUUGAACCAGAUGAAACGUUUAGGUUUGAUGCAGUCAUUAAGCUUCAAGAACCAAAUUGAGCAAUAUCUACACCACUUUGACAAAUUAUGUUCCUAAUGUGUGAACAUUUGGUUGAAUUUUGAAGUCAGACCUAUUUUCUUUAUAUUUAAACCUAA